AGGUAACUCAUUCCGUAAUUAAUUAUUUUAAAAUUAUAAUACUAUUAUUUUUUUUCUUUCUUAAAAUAAAUAACUAAUUGUGAGAUGGUGCAAGAAUCUGAUCAUCAGGGUCGAACUCAGAAUCUGAGAUCCCUUAGCUUUCUUACAACGCGGCGCGCGCGUACACAGAGAAACAGGAAAGGUGUCAAAAUUUAUCAAUUCAUCGCCUUAAACCCUUUUUCUCUCACUCAGAAUCAGGCCGUGAAAAUGUUCAAGAAGUUUUCAACUGAAGAAGUGUCUGGACAAAAUCAAGUCAAGGCAUCUGUGCAGCGUAAAAUUCGUCAAAGCAUUGCGGAAGAGUACCCAUUACUAGAGCCAGUGUUGGAAGAUUUGCUUCCAAAGAAGUCUCCGCUCAUUGUUGCAAAAUGUCAAAAUCAUCUGAAUCUAGUUGUGGUAAACAAUGUACCUCUGUUUUUCAACAUACGUGAUGGGCCUUAUAUGCCUACUUUACGUCUUCUGCAUCAAUAUCCAAAUAUAAUGAAAAAACUCCAAGUUGACAGGGGCGCUAUUAAAUUUGUCCUCUCUGGAGCCAACAUAAUGUGUCCGGGCCUUACUUCUCCUGGGGGUGCUUUGGAUCUUGAAGUGGGAGCAGAAACUCCUGUGGCUAUUAUGGCUGAAGGGAAGCAACAUGCUCUAGCUAUUGGCUUUACAAAGAUGUCGGCAAUCGACAUAAAGGCAAUCAACAAGGGAAUUGGUGUGGAUAACAUGCAUUAUCUUAAUGAUGGCCUCUGGAAGAUGGAACGACUGGAUUGAGCUUGAAUAUCACUCAAGGCCCAUCUUUUUACUAGAGGGACAAUGUCUUACCUUACCUGCUGCAAAUAGAAAGACUUGCUCAUCGUUAUGCAGCUGUUAUUUCAUUUCUCUAGAUGUUAGUGAUCAAGCUGAACAAAAUUUCCUUAAAUUUAAUGAAGGCAAGGCAAGUAUUCCAGGGGAUUUAUACUAUAAUUAAUGAUUAUGUUUCGGAACUGUGCUCCCAUUACCUCUGGUCACCAAUGCAAGCCAAGUUCAAAAAUCAGCUACGUCGCGCUCACAGCCCAAUUAUUGUUUUUACCAGGUUUUACAACACCGUUUUAAUUAAGAUUCUCUGUAGUUUUGUUGAGUUUUAUAUGUAUUAAUCUUAAGCUUUAAAAGCCAAAAUGAGGCCUAAAAUUUUUAUCUGCAUUGUAAUAUGGAAGGUGAAAUAACUUGCAAUGUUUUGAAAGUGGAUUCGACUUGGAAUGACAGUUUCAUGGCAAUAGUCUGCAUGAUCGAUCAGGGAA